CCAUUUGUAGGAAAUUUCUACAACCUCUGCUGCUGCUGCCAUUCCUUUGGCUUUCUUGCAAAAAAAAAGAAAAAAAGAAUUGUUGGUUUUGUUUAUUCCUCCCGCUUUUCUAUAUGAAUUUGGAGUGAUGGGUGAUGUUUCAUCAUCUUUUGAAGUUGCUCACAAGGUGUUCGACGGUUUUCCUGAACCAGGGUUUUAAAGACUAUUGGCUAUGAAUACAGUUUGGGGGUUAUUGGUAGUGAUUACUUUCUUCAAUGGAUGUAUCAUUAAGCAGCAGUGGUGGACCUAUGCUAAAUCUCAGAUUACUGGGAAUGCUAGUAUACCUUCAAGACCGGAAGUAAUAAAUAUUGGGUCCAUAUUGACUCUCGAUACAAUCAUAGGGAAGGUUGCGAAGAUCGGUUUAGAGGCUGCUGUAGAAAAUGUGAACAAUGAUCCAACUAUACUUAAAGGCACUAAGCUGAAACUAAUCGUUCACGACUCCAAUUUUAGCGGCUUUCUUAGUAUUAUGGAGGCUUUCCAAUCUCUGGAGACUGAAAGUGUGGCCAUAAUAGGACCGCAAACGUCGGUCUUAGCUCACAUGAUCUCGCACGUUGUGAACAAGCUCCAAGUCCCACUACUAUCUUUCACAGCGACGGACCCCACGUUAUCCUCACUACAAUACCCGUUCUUUGUUCGAACAACUCACAGUGAUGCUUUCCAAAUGGCUGCUAUAGCCGACAUAGUGGGCUACUAUGAAUGGAAACAAGUUGUUGCCAUUUAUAUAGACGAUGAUCACGGGAGGAACGGAAUAACGUUCUUAGCAGACCAAUUAGCGACUAAGAGGUGUAAGAUCUCCCACAAAGCCCCUAUCAAACCUGACGCAAGACGAGCAGACAUACGAGAAGUAUUGCUUCAAAUUGCUUUAAUGGAAUCUAGAGUUAUUGUCGUUCACACUUAUGCGAAUUGGGGAUUAGACGUACUUCAAGCCGCGCAUGAUCUUCACAUGAUGGAUAGGGGGUAUGUUUGGAUCACAACGAAUUGGCUCUCUACCGUCAUUGAUAUAAGCUCGUGGGUGAAUCCUACGAAAUUCUUUUCUUCUAUGCAAGGAGUUAUAACGUUGAGAUCAUACAUAAAAAAUUCACCACUUAAACGCAAGUUUGCAACCGAGUGGAAAAACAUGACGACAUUGGGCUUGAGUACGUAUUCUCUGUAUGCAUAUGAUACCAUUUGGUUGCUUGCUCGUGCUCUUGACAAUUUCUUCAAUCACGGUGGAAGCGUUUCAUUCUCAAAAGAUCCUGAACGGAAUGACUCACGAGGAGGGUUCUUGAAUCUUGAUUCGUUGAGAAUCUUUAACGAAGGGAACUCGUUGCUUAACAACAUCUUACAAGUCAAAAUGAACGGAACAACUGGUCCUGUUGAGUUCACAUCUGAUAAAAAUCUGAUUUCUCCAGCGUUUGAAGUUAUUAACGUAAUAGGUACUGGGUUUAGGAGAGUAGGGUAUUGGUCAAACUCUUCACGCCUCUCAACUACUCUUCCGGAAACACUCCCAAACAGAACUAGUUCACCGAAGCCGUUGCGUAACGUAAUUUGGCCUGGUGAAACACUUAAAAAGCCCCGUGGAUGGGUCUUUCCACAUAACGGAAAUCAGUUGAAAAUUGGUGUUCCAAAACAUGUUAAUUUUAAGGAGUUUGUGGACCAAGUUAAGGGAACUGAUAUGUAUGAAGGGUACUGCAUUGAUGUAUUUACUUCUGCCGUAAACCUGCUACCGUAUGCUGUACCGUAUAAGUUCUAUCCAUACGGAGACGGUUAUCAUGAUCCAGAUGCUACCCAUCUUGUGAGCUUGAUAAGUGCUGGUGUCUAUGAUGCUGUUGUGGGAGACAUUGCUAUCAUCACUAACCGGACACAGAUGGCAGAUUUUACGCAGCCAUAUACGGAGUCGGGGCUGGUUGUGGUGGCACCAGUGAGGAGGCUCAACUCUGGAACAUGGGCUUUUCUCAGGCCGUUCACUGCGAAAUUGUGGUGUGUUACUGGGCUCUUCUUUAUUGUCGUCGGAGCGAUUGUUUGGAUUCUAGAACAUCGUAUAAACGAUGAAUUUCGUGGCCCUCCUAAACAGCAAAUCAUCACUACCUUAUGGUUUAGCUUUUCGACCUUAUAUUUCUCUCACAAACAGAACAUGAUGAGCUCUCUUGGUCGACUCGUACUAAUCAUGUGGUUACUAGUGGUUUUGAUAAUCAGUUCCAGUUACACUGCAAGCCUCACCUCAAUCUUGACGGUCCAGAAACUUUCUUCGCCUAUUGAAGGGAUCAGUAGUUUAAUGUCAAUCAAAGAUCCCAUUGGCUACCAACAAAAUUCUUUUGUCAGAAACUAUCUGGUUGACGAGCUUGGCAUUUCGGAAACUAGACUUGUUCCUCUAAACUUGCCGGAAGACUAUGAAAAAGCAUUAAAUGAUGGUCCUAAUAAUGGCGGUGUUGCUGCGGUAGUUGAUGAACGUCCGUAUAUUGAACUCUUCCUUUCCACCCGCUGCCAGUUCAGUAUCGUUGGGCAACAAUUCACCAAAAAUGGAUGGGGAUUUGCCUUUCCGCGGGACUCUCCUCUUGCAGUAGAUAUAUCGAGCGCCAUUCUGAAAUUGUCAGAAAACGGCGAGUUACAAAGGAUCCACGACAAGUGGCUAACACGAAGUGCUUGUAGUUCACAAGGAGCAAAGACUGCAGUUGACCGGCUCGAGCUAAAGAGCUUCAAAGGCCUGUUUUUCAUAUGUGGGCUAGCUUGUUGCAUUGCUCUUUUUAUAUACUUGGGGCUCACCAUACACCAGUAUGCUAAACACAAACCCGAUCUUUUGGAGCCAUCUACACGGAGCCUCAAACCAGGACGCCUUAAAACCUUCAUUUCGUUUGUUGAUGAAAAACAAGAAUCCGUUAAAGCUCGUACCCAGAAAAGGCUUGAAGAAGCUAGAUCACGUGCAAGCCUUGACGGAAAUGAUUUGUCUGUUAACGGGUCUAGAAGCUCACGAAGAGUCUCGGUUUCAGACACGCCAUAAUGGUCACGAGAUGGAGAAUGUUCCUAGUCGUAAUGUGAGAAACAUGCUUUCUCUGAACAAGAUAGAUGAUUGUAUGUAUAUCCGUGAAUGAUUAGAUACAACUUUCAAAUGCAUGUACAUAUAUAUAUACAUACACCUUUACAGUUGAAUGGAGUUGCAGGGUGUUGUAGUAUA